ACGCGGGGCUCCCCCACACGCCCGUGACCCGAAACGCUCCGGCCUCGCUUCAUUUACUCGCGCGGCUUAAAAGCACCAAAGCGUUUCCUCUCCCUCCCCUGUUACCUUCCCCCCUCGCAUCGCAUCGCAUCAUCCAGCCUCGCCUCAGAUCCUCGCCCCAACUGCUAGCUUCCACACGGCCUACCUCCCCGCCCGAUCGCCGUCGAGCUCCCACACGUUUGGCUGGCGGCUUGGCUGACCCCAUCAACGCUGCAAGGAUUGGUGGACAGGGCGGGGCGGUGGCGACGCGCCCAGCUACCCACCCGCGGCUUCCUCUGAACUGGCCGCAGCUGUUCUUGGCCCAGCUGCUCUCUUCUUGUCGAGGGAUGGUCCAGCGCUUCGAGAAGCCCCCGCGCCGACAUUGAGCUGCCGAUUCGUGGUGGCUCUUUGGAUAGUACAGUGGAGGUGGGUGUCCGAUGGGCUGCACGGGGUCCAGGCACGCUUUGCGCGGCGGCGGCCGGAAGCCGUACGCGCGGAGCUGCUCCGGGCCGGUCACCGGGGGCGUGCACCACACCGUCGCGCUCAGGUCAUCCACACUCGGGUCGCUCAGCCUCGACCGGGACGAGGAUAUGAUGAAGUGGCGCGACAACGGCGUCGUCGGUGCGGCGAGGACGCCGCCGCUGAAGCAGCAGCUGCUGGUCCGGCGGCACAAACAGGUGCCGGGCUCGCCGGCCAAGACGCCGGUCCGGGAGCCGGAGGUGAUCAACGUGUGGGAGCUCAUGGAUGGCCUCGACGACAAGGAAGAGGAGGAGGAGGAGGAGGAGGAGGGCGACGCCGGCGGCGAGGACCGCCAGGGGAAGUCGGCGCCGGGAUCGCCGGAGUUCGAUCCGGACAUCAUCGCGGCGUUCAGGAAGGCACUUGAUGAGAUGCCCCCGCCGCCGGACGACCCGGGCAACGACGAGUGCGCCAAGAAGCCUGACGACCCGGUCGGCGACGAGGCGAGCGUCAAGAAGCGCGAGAUACAGAGGUUCCCGGGCAUCGUGCGCGCGCGGGUCAGCGCGUUCCAGCAGAGGAUCGACGCGAAGCUCGCCAAGCUGGCGCCGCCGAAGCCGCCGGCUCCCCCGCCCCCGCCGGACAGCGCCCGGAAGGUGGUGCUGUACCUGACCAGCCUCCGCGGCAUCCGCAAGACGUACGAGGACUGCUGGUCCACCCGGUCCAUCCUCCACGGCUACGGCGUGCGCGUCGACGAGCGCGACCUGUCGAUGCACGCCGGGUUCAAGGACGAGCUCCACGCCGCGCUGGGCGGCCCCGCGGGCAGGCUCCCGCAGGUGUUCGCGGACGGCAGGCACCUGGGCGGCGCCGAGGAGAUCCGACGGAUGCACGAGGCCGGCGAGCUGUCGAGGGCGCUGGAGGCCUGCGAGAUGGCGCCCCCGCCGAGCGCCGGCGGCAAGGGCAUUGCCCUGGACGCGUGCUCCGGCUGCGGCGGCGUGCGGUUCGUGCCCUGCGAGGACUGCUCCGGCAGCUGCAAGGUGUUCCUCGAGGAGGCGGGCACCUUCAGGCGGUGCCCCGAGUGCAACGAGAACGGGCUCGUGCGGUGUACUCUCUGCUCCCUGUGAAAAAUCCCAGAGCUGGCUUGUUGUUUUCCAGGAUUGAUGAGGAGUGCUUGUCGUUUUAGUUCAGGGUUUGUACAGAAGUUACACGCAUUUGUAACUUUAGGACUAAUGAAGAGCAACAGAUGACCUGUAUUUAUGUUUCAUUUCUCGCCGGAUUUGGAUGUGUACAAGACAUGACAACAAUCUUUCGAGGAGGCCCCUUCGCUCUUUCCCCCUCGCUACAGUAACCGAGCGCGGCAUCAGAGGCAACCCUUCUCUCCGGCGUCGAUCCGAGCAAUUCCCUCCUCCGGCGGCCGCUCCGGCGGCUCAGCGGGGAGGGAAUCGGGAGGAUCGACGGCCGGAGUAGAUAGCUCUAGGAUUAGAUUAGUUUCGUUCUAGUAGUUAGGGUUUGCCGGUGGAGUUCUUCGGCGCGCCUCUGCUCGUUGGCGAUGGCGGCGACGACGACGCGGUUGACUCCAUGGCGGCUUCUUUUGUCCCUCUGGGCUUGCGCCGCUGCUUCUGCACAUGACUCCGCGCGGCGACCCAGGGAGAAUAAGGUGUCCUCUUCGAACUUCUGGCGCUGGUGGCGACCUCGGCAUCGGCUCUGAGUUCCGUAUGAGGUUCGUGUUGGUCCUCCUCUUUGCGUUGGGGUUGGAUCUUACUUGCUCCUAUGUGGGCUUUGUUAUCCUGGUCGGGGACAGUGUUGCCGGCUGUGGAUUGGGUGCUCUUCCUCUUCCCCCGACGGUGUGCUCGCCGAUGCUCCUUCAGCGUCCCAAAUCCAUCUCGACGGAGGUCUGGGGUGGUGGUUCUUGCGGUUUUCCAUGCUGUGGAGGCUGCCGGCGGAGGUUCUGGAAGCGGGGGCUUCGAUUUCGGCCAGUUCGGGCGGAUCGGAGCUUAGGCACGCGAUCGGGAUUCCGGAGCUGGAAGAUGAACAGGAGAUCUCCGGACUCUUUUGUAAUUUUCUUUUCUUCAGGAUCCUGGUUGUAAAAUGGAGGCUGUACUGUUCAUCUGACUAAUAUAUCCUCCCCUUCGCAAAAAAAGAAGAAGAACAGAUAGCAUUGCA